AUGGAAUCGAUAUUCGCAUUGGUUAAGGCACUGGGGAAUAAUAACGUUGGCGGCGUUGUUAAACUUUUAAAAGAUGCAGGUCUGUUCGAGGGUUCUGGUAAGAAGGAGGACUACUUCCGUUCAUUGUUCAAAGGGCUCGAAAGCAUAGAGUCUGAACAGUUCACGGCAGCUAUGAGACAGUUCGGAGACAAAUAUGGUAACACCAUGGAACAGAUGACUGACAAACUGAUGAUGAAAGCACCGCCCGUUCUACGGCAGUUUAAUAGUGAUCGUGAUAUACCCGUCGUCCAUCAAUCAACAUGCAGCACAGAAACGGAGACAGAAUUAAGCAACGAACAUUUUCAUUGA